AUGUCCCAAGACUCGCAACUCACCGCGCAGAUCGCCCAACCGGCGAGCCCACGUGGAGCCAUGGGAGACGUGCUCACCCCGACCCCGGACGCUGCCCAGCCUCUUGCGCAACCUGCAGCAGCUCAAGGCACAGGCCCUGGCCUCAAGCUCCCAGCUCACCCCAACACUCUUUCCUCGCCCGCCACCACUGUUCGCCGCGACAGUCUUCACCCUUCCUCCAAUUCCGACCAUACUGAUCAAGCUAUGGCUGCCCCCGCCAUCACCAUCGAGCAUACCGCCAAUGCCAGCCCGCUGGAGCUCUUUAGCGAGUACUUGACUACCAAAACCUGCUUCGCCUUCGUCCUCGACACGACCCUCUACAACCACCGUGACGCCACUGCAGUAGCCACCGAUGCCCUGCUGCAGGCCGUCGCCGACGCCCACAAUGCGCCCUAUGCCACCCUCCAAUCCACUUACAGCGACCUGUGCUCCACGCACCCGCCGCAGGCCCACGAGGCCUGGCCUGCCCACCAGAAGCAGCUCCUCCAGUCCCUCCUCUCCACCGUGCCUCACACCCUCACCUCGGAACAGGCCUCGGCCCAGAUCGAUGAUCUCUUCCGCCUCUACAAGAAGACAUUGUAUGCCCAGCUGCAUCCGGCGCCCGGCGUGUUGCCGCUGCUGCGCUCGCUGCUCAAGCGCUCCGCGCGCAUCGUCAUAGCCGUCGACAGCACCAACUCACACUGCACCAAGGACAUGGCCGCCUGGCUCAUCGAGCACCUCUACCUCGACAACUUCGUUGACCGCAUCGCUCUCCUCGACGAGAAUUCCGUCGACAAUGAGAGCAGCAAUGGCUUCGCCGAUGCCCUCAGGCGCAUUGACGUCCGCCCCGAUGAAACUGUCCUGUUUGCCGGCGCCCGACGCGAUGGCCGCAGCGUCGCUGCCAAGGAGGGUGUGGAUGUCGUCGUUGUGGAUGCCGAGGCGGUGGCACAGCACCCGGAGGAUACGCGUGGCAGGGAUAGCGCCAGGAACAACUACAUCCAGCAGGCCGAGGACGGCGUGUGGGAAAUUGGCAGGCUGAUGGUGGCGAGGAAUGCCGUGAGGAUGACGCUGCAUGAGAGGGAUCGGAGCGUGGAUUCGGCGAGGAUGUGA